AUGGCCUCCCGGGACCCACCGCCCGCCACCACCUACGCCCCUCCCGACGUGCCCUCGGGGGUCGCCUUCUUCCUCACCAUCCCCUUCGCCUUCCAGCUGCCCGAGCUGGUGUUCGGGUUCUGGGUCUGGAUCCUGGUGGCUGCCACUCAGGUAGCAAACCCACUGCUGCAAGGCUGGGUGAUGUAUGUGUCACUCACCUCUUUCCUCAUCUCCCUGAUGUUCCUCUUGUCAUACUUGUUUGGAUUUUACAAAAGAUUUGAGUCCUGGAGAGUCCUGGACAGCCUCUACCACGGGACCACGGGCAUCCUGUACAUGAGUGCUGCUGUCCUGCAAGUACACGCCACAAUCGUUUCUGAACACGAGGACCUGAAAAACUACUACAUCAACACAGCAGCCUCGUUCUUUGCAUUCAUCACUACCCUGCUCUACAUUCUCCACGCCUUCAGCAUCUACUACCACUGAAGCCUGGGUGGCGCCAGUGAGAAAGCCCGGGUCAUCCCCUCCCCCAACGCAGGUUUUAUCAGGAGCCAUCUGCAUGACCAACAGACCUCCACUGGAACGCGGGCGCCGCAGACCAUCUUUCUGGACUAUUCAAUGAGAUCUGCUUUGACAACUUCCUUCAGUGAACACAAGAAUCCUGUCUUCUUUUAUUUCCUGGGAAAGUGUGUGUCUCUCGGACUUUUCUGACCAUGAGCCUAGCGCUUCUAGAAGUCGAACCUCCAAACCACAGUAGAGAAUCCCAGCUUUGCUGUUGCUGCACCUGUCCAGGGAUUUCGCCCCAGCACUGGAGCU